AUGAAUAUUCACAGGGAUUUCAGCGGAAUCGUCGCCGGAGUUGACGCGGACUACAAAAACCUCAAUCUUCCGACGAUGCAGGCUUGCGCUGCGUGCAAAUUUCAGAGACGAAAAUGCACUGCGGAUUGUCCUCUGGCUCCGUAUUUUCCUGCAGAUCGGUUUCGGGAGUUUCGAAAUGUCCGCAAAUUGUUCGGCGUAAAGAACGUGUUGAAAACCCUAGGCGAUUUGGAGCCUUCGAAGAGACGUGAUGCAGUGCAGUGUAUAAUUUUCGAGGCCAAUUGUCGCGCCAAUGAUCUCGCCGGAGGUUGCUACAAAAUUAUUGCUAAAAUGCAGCGUGAAAUUACUCUUCUGGAGGCUCAGCACCGUCUCGUCCUCCGUCAGCUUCGAUUUUUCCGGCAGACGGCUGCGUGUGCGAUUCGUUCGGAAUUUGAUUUUGAUUUUGAUUUUGAAGAUCGGAUACGAAAAGAAUCCUGCAGUUUGAAUGAGCGGUUGACGACUAUGGAGAAUGGCGUUUCUUGUUCCAAAGGGGUAACCCAUUAG